AUGGCCCCUCGUUAUCGUCGAGUAGCCGUGAUCGGCGCCGGCCCGUCUGGCCUUGCGGCCACACAUGCACUCGCGUCAGAAAAGUCGUUUGACACGAUCCGCGUGUUUGACCGCCGCGACCAGGUUGGCGGUCUCUGGCAUUACGAUGCCGAGCCUGACACGUUUCCCACGACGACAGGCGUGCCCUCGGACCAGACGCGCAAACCACCUGUGUCCUCAUCCGAGCUGCCCGCGUUUACGCCCGCCAGCGCGCCAGACCACUACGCCCGCUCGGCACUGUAUUGGGACCUCGACAGCAACGUGGGUGCCGAGUCGAUGGCCUUUACACACACGCCGUUCCCUGUGGUUAACUCGCCCGUGUCGAUUGAGCGGUUCGGACACAACAACCCGUCGCGGCCGUACGGCGUGAUCACCAACUGGAUCGAGGACCUGUUCAAGCCGUACCUGUCGCUGGUCACGCUGCGGACGACGGUCGAAAAGGUCGACAAGCGCGGCAAGGAGUGGGUGCUGACGCUGCGGCGGUCGGGCCUUCUGUACCGAGGCAAGCCGCACGACUACUGGUGGACAGAGGCCUUUGAUGCGGUGGUGGUGGCGUCGGGCCACUACCAUGUACCCUUUGUGCCGGCCAUUGACAACCUGAUCGAGGUGUCCAAGCAACUGCCCGGCCGCUUCGAGCACAGCAAGUCGUACCGCAAGGCGGCCAAGUACGCCGACAAGCGGGUCCUGGUGGUGGGCGGCAACGUGUCGGCGUCCGACUUUAUCCAGGACCUGCACGGCAUUGUGAGCGGCAAGCUCGAGGUGGCCGUGCGCAACAAGAACCCUGUGCUCGACGCCGUGUACCGCCUGCCCAAUGUGCGCCUCCACACGACCGUCAAGGCCGUUGAGGCAUCGGCCGACGGGAAGGUGAACGUGGUGUUCAGCGACGACCAUCGCAUCGACGGCAUUGACUACGUUCUCUUUGCCACGGGCUACCGUCUGCAGUACCCCUUUUUGCAUCCCAACCCGACCACGCCCGAGAACCGUGUCGCCGGCUUCUACCAGCACGUCUUUUCGAUUGACGACCCGUCCCUCACCCUCAUUGGCCAGGUCAAGGCGGGCCUCUCGUUCCGCGUCUACGAGUACCAGGCCGUCGCCGUCGCCCGCUACUACGCCGGCCGGAACGGCAUUCCACUGCCUACUGCCGAGGACCAACGCGCCUGGGAGACCGACCGCGUCGCCAGGCUCGGACCCACCAACGCCUUCCACGCCAUCGCCCCGGACUUUGAGGUGUACUUUAACUGGCUCGUCGACUUUGCCGGGCGGCCGGCACCGGGCACCGACGGAUAUGCACUGCCGCGCUGGGACGACAAGUGGGCGGCGCAGGGGCUGGCUAUUCUGGGGCUGAAGGACAAGUACUGGCGGCGGCUGAUUGCGCAGGAUGCAGCCAUCAAGGCGAAGCUGUAG